AUGGACCGCAUCAAGGAGAAAAUGAACCAGCUUCGCCUGGAGGCGGACGAAUCGCUGGCCAAGAACGAGGAGCUCCAGGCCAAGCUCAAGACGCUCGAGCAAGAGGGUCUUUCCAAGGAGCAGGAGAUCACCUCGUUGUCGCACAAAAACGGCCUGCUCGAAACGGAGGUGCAGAAGCUCGAGACCGCUAUCGCCGACUACAAGAAGGCCGCCGAUGAGGGCCUCCAGCAUGGCACACAGAACGAGACCCUGACCCGGAGACUGCAACUUCUCGAGGAGGAGGCAGAGAACGCUGACAAGACGCUCCGCGAGGCAAACGAGAAGCUGCGGCAGACUGACGUCAAGGCCGGCCACUUCGAGCGAAAAGUCCAGGCACUCGAGGCCGAGCGCGACCAAUGGGAGGCCAAGUACGAGGAGAUGGCCAAGAAGUACGCCACCGUCCAGAAGGAGCUGGAGGAGUUCCAGGUCGAGAUGGGCAACAUUUGA